UAGAUGCCAGGCACUGUAAAAAUUAAGUUCCGCUAAAUACGAUUUUUUAAAACAUCUCGAACGAACGACCCGUAGAAAUAUUUUGUCGACUUAUUAAUGUAAACUGUAUUUGCGUUUCGUGUUCGGUUGCGUCCACGUUUUCUCAAAUUUCUACCAAAACUGGAUUGAUUCAAGGUGUUUUACACGAUAUAUUAUGGAUGACGAGUUUGAAGACAGGAUACUGUAUCAGACAUACGUAUCACACAUGAAGCUAGUGUCAAAGUUUGCAGUGGGUAUUCCUACUGGAUUAAAUGCUGGGAUAAAUACUCCAUUGGGCUAUUUUUGGAGGAUUAUGCGAGCUUACGCAUUGAAGCCAGAAGUAUUAAUUUGUGGAAUAGUUUUGGCAAUAAUUCUGUUUUACAUACAAGCAGUUGAUGUAUGGAGUCGAUCAUUAUUAGGAAGAAUUCAAUAUACGCUUGGCCGUACUACAUCAAGAAUAUCAAAACUACAGUUUUUAGUCAAUGAUUCUGUAAACAAUGGGGUAAAACUCAGUUGGGAAUUAAAACAAGGAUAUAUUGCUGCAUAUGCUGUACAAGGUCAUAGAGCUCACAUGGAAGAUCGUUUUGUGGUGAAAGAAGACAUGAAUAACACAGGUGUAUCAUUGUUUGCAGUAUUUGAUGGUCAUGGAGGAGACUUUGCAGCAAAUUAUGCAUAUGAUAAUCUUAUUCCAAACAUUAAUAAAAAAGUGAUUGAAUUAAAAGAUAUGAUAGCUGGUAGAGAACCAUGUACAUCGGAAGACAUAAUUAAUGUUGAAGAAGAACAGAAAGAUGAAACAAGCGAUACAGCAAUUCCUGAACGUAAAAGGUCUUUUCGCAAGACACUGAGCACAUCAUUGACAGAUGAGUUUAUGAAGAAGAGUGUCGGUGUAACUGAUCCAGAGUUACUUGAUAAGCUAGAUAGUUUACAGAGACCAAUUACGAGAGAAAUAAGACCAUGCAGAACAACGAAAAAACCACCGAAAGUAGAUAUUACGAAUUAUCUUGAUGGAAAUAAAAUAAAUUAUGGUAAAUUACUAACUGAUGAAGUGUUAGAAGUCGAUCGAUUAUUAGUCAAAACUGCUAAGAAGAACAUGGAUGUAGCUGGUACAACUGCCUUAAUUGCUCUGUUAGAAGACAAUAAAUUGAUUGUAGCAAAUGUUGGUGAUUCGAGGGGCGUAAUGUGCGAUGGAAAAGGCAAUGCAAUACCUUUGUCAUUUGACCAUAAACCUCAACAAGAAAGAGAAAGGAAAAGAAUAUCCAAAGCUGGUGGUUUAGUAACAUUUAACGGUGUAUGGAGAGUAGCUGGUAUAUUAGCUACAUCUCGAGCUUUGGGAGAUUAUCCACUGAAGGAUAAAAAACUAGUAAUUGCUGAUCCAGAUAUUUUAACUUUUGAUCUCAGUGAUCAUAAUCCAAUGUUUAUCGUUCUGGCAUCAGAUGGAUUAUGGGAUACUUUUACAAAUGAAGAGGCUGUGGCAUUCAUUAAAGAACGUAUAAAUGAACCACAUUUUGGGGCGAAAAGUAUUACCCUGCAAAGCUAUUAUAGGGGUUCUGCAGACAAUAUUACUGUGGUUGUAAUCAAUUUAAGAGAUCGUAAAUACGGUACAUCAGAGGCCAAAAAGAAUGAAUAAUAUUUUAAUCUUACUACAAAUUUAGAAUGUUUUUCCAAAGAUAUUCUAGUCAAUAAUUACAAAUUAACGAUUAUGUAAGUCUGGGAAAAAAUAAGUGUAUAUACUUUAAAAUGUAUCUAUACUACCGAAAAAUGUGAUGUUUCGACCAUUCUUAAAGAGUCUUCUUUUGUAGAAUGCAGCAUCGCUUAAUUUUAUUAACUCUCCUUCAGCCAGAACUGGGUCAUUUUAACCGAACGAGAGUUAAAAAGUUACUUGUUGCAUUGAUUGUAUCUAUGUAUUAUAUUUAAUAUUGUAUGCAAUUGCAUUCUGUAACUUGCUUCAUUUAUUAACUAAUACUUAUUAAUACAUUUAUCAUAAAGAGCAAUAUUACCUGAAACUUGCUUAUACAAUAGUGGAGUUGCGUUAUAUCACCGCAUACCACGCUACAAGAGAGGAAACUUCUUAAAAAUAACGAUGCACUAAAUGUCCUUCCCACGUAAAAAUGAGCGUAGUAGAUAGAAUGAAUCACUGCCUCAUUAAGCUUACAUUACCACCAACUACCGUGGUAGGAGAAUGGCAUUCACGUAUGUGGAAAUCCGUGUAAAGGAGAAGUCGAACAGACGGUGAUAUAACGCAACACUACUGUACUAAGUAUAUGUAUGUGUACCAUGCUUUUAAUAUUGUUUUCGUUCCCGAAUAUAAAUUUUUCUAUUUCACUUGCAGCGUAUUUCUACAAGAUUGUACGUAAAAAAUGUGCAUAUUAUGCAUUAUUAUUGUAAUAACGACGUAAAUAUAUGUAGUGUAAAUAAAAUUAAAUACUACGAUGUGAUUCUUAAAUGACAUGAGUUUUGUGUACAAACGUGACCACGACAUUUAUUUUUGUAUAAACUGGAAUGCAUGAAUUCUGUAAAUGUGUGAUCUGGUAGCUUACAUUUAAGUACUGUGAAACCUCUGUAUAAUAACGAACGUUAUACUUAUGCAAUUAAUAAUGAAAAUAACCGAUUUAAAUGUAGGUUCUCUUAUAAUAAUAUGAUACGGAAUUCUAAUCGUUAAAAGAAUCCUUUGCUUUGGAUGGGAUUUUUUAAAAAGAGUUAGUGAUUGAAAAUUGUUUCCCCUGCUUUAACUGAUUAUAACUGUAUUGCAAAUUCUCUAAUACUUCUAUAGUAAUUCGUGUAACUUUAAUGCUUCGUUCUGUGAAAAGUUCAUAUUCGUUAAUUUUGUUCUUUAACAUUUGUGCAAUUCGAAUUAUUUUGAAAAACUUUUCUAAUGUCUUUUUUUUUUUUUACUGACCGCGGAUACGGAGGUUUCACUGUAUGUUAAAUUGAAUGAUUAGUAAACAUUGAAGUGUAAUACUUUGUAUCUACAUAGCUAACAACAUUCAAAUGUAAUAGUUUAUAAUUA